AUGAACCAAACUCCCAAGCAAGUCCUGGACAUCGAAGAUGCUCUAGUGACAGAGGACAACCCGGCGCGCGACGACAAGUCGCUCGAUUAUGAACGCUGCGCGAGGCUGCAUAAUUACUUAGUCGCCUACGCCUGGAUGGCCCGUCACGACCAGCAAAUGCCCGAUCUCAACGAGCUAGCCAGCCAACGCUCCCGCUUAUUCGGUGAGGAUGAAGAGGCUCUUCGCGCGCGCCUAGUACCGUCUAUGAACUCGUUCCUAGACUCGAUCUACGUGCCUAGCGACAGCUUUUUUUACUGGGUGGACGGCAUAUCGAUGAUGUUCAUUGACGACGAGAUCUUUAUGGACGAAAAGAACGAGCUGGAAGACAAGGAACGAUUCUUCGUCAUCUAUGACACGGAAUGUAACCUAGGUCCGCAUAAUCUGGGCGUGGUUUACGAUCAGCAGCUCCACCGUGCGGCGUUUCCAAUGACAAUCUGGAAUACAGGUAGUUUGGAACCUAUCUCCGAGCAUGAGGAAAUGUGGUUCCCACUAGAAACCAUUCUGACACACUGGAUCUAUAUGAUCCGAAUUGGAAAGGUCACUGUGGAUUCGCCGGAGGGCGAAGCACCUCUGGAAGUAGCAAUGACCCGCUCGCAGAUCGGGCUAUGGUCGUGGCUUCCUUAUUGUGCUUUCCAGGUUGACAGCACCGUGGCUGCCAUGGAUCGGUACACCGCUGCAAUCGAAGCCAGAAUGCCUCCUGACUCGCUCUUGCCUGUCUCCCGAGAUACGCCGCUCUUUACCGAUGCAGAUUUGGAUGGAGCCUCUGUGCCAGAAGAAUGCUUCAUCCGCUCUCUCCUGACACGCAUGAAAACUCCACGGUUCAAGGCAAUUGCCCCGGGUCUAGAGGUUCCGCAUGAUGUUGCAGCCUUCGUAGCUCGCCAGCGGUUUACAGAUGUGGUUCGUCAUGAAGAGGCUUGGGUUCGUACGUCUCCCGCAGUCCUGAUAUUUGCUGCAAAGGAAGGCAACCAUCAAAUCAACUUCAGAGAUGAGAUCCGACACCUGUUCUUCGAGUUCGGUGACGAAAUCCCUUACACGGAUCAAGAUCUCAUUCCUGCCGGACUGUACAGUGAAUCGGUGUGCCGAACGGCGUCCGAUUCCGAAGAAGCAGGCUUUCGACUUGUGUUGCCAUUUGAGCUACGGCCUAGGGGUUUUUCUGACAAAGAGGGUGCGAUAAGGAGUGAUGGAUCCCCGGUCAGCUCAGGUUCUGUCGCAGAGCUCUUCCAGCAUGGUGGAUUCCAUCCAUUUGGAGGCGAACACCGGGCUCAGAGAUUAGAGCGACUGUUGGAUCGGUGGAGAGAACUGGUGGAAAGUGGUGUGUGGACGGUGGGAAAGGACGGGGUGGAGGGAGAGAUUACUCAAUUCCAAGACGCAGACCGCGAUGCUUGGAGGGAUUAUUUCAUUCCUCCUGACUGGUGA